GAGAAAGACACACACACACGGGCUCACAAACACGCACACGCGCGCUCACGCCCUGCACGCACGCGCACACGGGAGGGCAACGCUCCACACAGCCACCGCGGAUUACAACCUCCAGCGUCCAGCUGCCAGGAUGUUUACGUAACGGAGCGUCUCCUCAGCGGCGGCGGGUCAAACACGAGCUGUCCGAGCGCCGCGGGACAGCGCGAGCGCACGGAGGGACGCGCGCGCGCAUUUACGCAAUUUUUACGCAUUUUUAACGUUUCGCGUAAAAAAGGGGCGCGUGGCUUUCGCUGUAACCUAAGGAGCGACUGGACUGGACCACGCCGGUUGCACGAGCCUACGUGAGGGAGGCGUGUGAGUGCGUUAGUGUGUGUGUGAGUGUGCGCGCGCGCGUCUUUAAAUGGCGAUUUGACCUGCCGCCGACCAUGAGCCGCGCGGCCGGCCAGCCCCAGCGCCGCCCCUGCUGAGGAACACGCGCUCUGGAUGUAGAAUCAGUGAGGACCGCGCGCGCGCGCGUGCGUGUGAGUGAGUGAGUGUGAGAGUGUGUGUGUGAAUGGUGAGUGUGUAAGUGUGUGUGUGUGAGUGUGUGUGUGAGUGCGUGUGUAUGAGUUGACAGCAUGGGGAAAGAUCAGGAACUCUUGCAGGCGGUGAAAACCGAGGACCUGCUGACGGUCCAGCGGCUCCUGCAGAGACCCAGACAGGGCAAAUCCAAGCUCCUGGGUUCUGCAAAGAGAGUGAAUGUUAAUUUCCAGGACACAGAUGGGUUCUCAGCUCUUCACCAUGCUGCUCUGAAUGGUAAUUUGGAGCUGAUCUCACUGUUGCUGGAGUCACAAGCCAUUGUUGACAUCAAAGACCAGAAAGGGAUGCGGCCGCUGCACUACGCUGCCUGGCAAGGAAAAUGCGAGCCAAUGAAAAUGCUGCUAAAAGCUGGAUCAUCGGUCAACGGCCAAUCAGACGAAGGCCAGAUUCCUCUGCACCUCUCGUCCCAACACGGCCAUUACGAUGGGAGCGAGAUGCUGCUGCAGCACCAGUCCAACCCCUGCAUCCGAGAUCACGCAGGAAAGACCCCUCUGGACCUGGCCUGUGAAUUUGGACGAGUUUCGGUGGUCCAGUUGCUUCUGAGCAGUAAUAUGUGUGCUGCCAUGCUGGAGCCGAAGCCCUCUGACCCCAAUGGCAUCAGCCCUCUCCAUCUGGCCGCCAAGAACGGACACAUUGACAUCAUCAAGUUAUUGAUCCAAGCUGGAAUAGAUAUAAACAGGCAGACAAAGUCAGGCACAGCGCUGCACGAAGCUGCCCUUUGUGGAAAGACCGAUGCUGUACGGCUGCUUCUCGAUAGUGGCAUUAGUGCCAGCGUGAGGAACACUUACUGCCAGACGGCACUGGACAUCGUUAACCAGUUCACCACAACACAAGCCAGUCGAGAGAUUAAACAAAUGUUGAGAGAUGCUUCCGCUGCCAUGCAAGUGAGAGCGCUGAAGGAUUACUGCAACAACUAUGACCUGACGAGCCUCAACAUCAAAGCGGGUGACAUCAUCACGGUCCUGGAGCAGCACUCUGACGGCCGGUGGAAGGGCUGCAUCCAUGACAACCGGACGGGGAACGACCGCGUCGGCUACUUCCCCUCCAACAUGGUGGAGGUCAUCAAGAGGGCAGGACCCUCUACUCAACAGUAUCUUAAGAUACAGAUCCGUCCGCCGGCAAUUGGCUCAGUUGCCAUGGUGAACGGUGACUCCUCCCACAUUCUCUCUCUGCCCCUGACUCCCCCGCCCCCUCCUACCCUGAUCUCUCCCCAUCAGCCCCUCUUCACCUCAUUCGGGUAUAACACACCCACCUGCAGCUCAUUUGCGUUCGAACCGCCCUCCUCCUCCUCCUCCCGCUCAGAGGAGCCGAAAAAAGAGACAGGUUCCAGAGGGUCCGUGUCUAGCCCACAUGGUUCUCCUACUCUAAGUGGUCAGCAGAGCAGCGCCAAUGAGGAGAUAUGGGUACUACGGAAACCUCUGGCUGGCGGUGGUGGCGGCAGCAGUGGCAGCAUGGGCAGUACAGGCAGUCUGACAAGCGGCCGCUCGUCCGUCAGCGGUCCGAUGGACAAUGCAAACGCUCACCUCACCAACUCACCUGUGCCUGUGCCAACUACCCCCACACAUUCACCAGGGCUCAACACACACGGCCUCAACGUGCCAGGACUGCACGCGCAGGCGGAGGGGGUGAAGUUGUUGGCCACAGUGUUGUCUCAGUCAGCCAAAGCGAAAGAACAUCUGCUGGAGACACGCUCUAUGGAUCACAACACAGCUUCCUCACCGCUCACUCAGAGUGCACCUGGAGGCCCCCGUCCAGAGAAGAAGAAACCAUUUGUGGAUCCUUUACUACAGAGGAAGGAUAGCACUUCAGUGGAGAGUAAAAGUUCAGAGGCAGUGGCUGAAUGGCUCACUAGUGCUCAGCUGCAGUUUUACACCACAAACUUCCUGACUGCCGGCUAUGACCUACAGACCGUCAGUAGGAUGACUCCAGAGGAUCUGACAGCGAUUGGAGUAACGAAACCUGGGCACAGGAAGAAAAUGUUGUCAGAAAUUAGCAAACUGAACGUCCCUGACUGGAUACCCAAAGAGAAACCCGCUAAUCUGGCAGAGUGGUUGUCUUUGAUUGGCCUGAGUCAGUACUACCAGACUCUAGUUCAGAAUGGCUAUGACAACAUGGACUUCGUAAGUGACAUCACCCUGGAGGAUCUACAGGAGAUCGGCAUCACCAAACUGGGACAUCAGAAGAAAUUAAUGUUGGCUGUUAAUAGACUGAGUGAGCCUCUAAGGGAGGAUGAAGCUCCCAACAAGGAGAUCCAAUCAGAAGAAAGCACAGAUUCAAAACAACCAGCCACUGUAGAGGUGAUCAGCAGCACUCCAGAGCCCAAAUCGGUGCCGGCACCAAGGAUGCGCAAGGGAUCGGAGGGCCGUGGCUCUCCCAGGCACACGGCACAAGGGAGGGGCUUACAGAGGGCAAACAUCCCUCCUCCUCUUAAGAGGCCUGGAUCUUACGAAAGCCCCACCCACACCCCACCACACACACCAACUAAAGGUAAAACCACCUCCCCUCACACGAGCUCCCCCACCCACGCUCCAGGCUCGCCUCUGAGAAUGCAAAGCAGGCCAAGGGGGCCCAGCGACUGCCCCCGUUCGCACGCUCACUCUCGCGCCGUGCCGUUACUCUGUCUUCCACCUGAAGGCGGCACUGUGGAUGAGGAGGACCACACUCCACCCUUGCCCAGAAGGGUCCCUCGCAGCGCAACGCCGGCCGUGCCUGAAGUUUUGGAAUGUUCUAAAGAGGAUCUACCCUUGCCUGAUUCUUCUGUGAAGUACGCCACGCUAGGCGUAGUCAACCGAAACAGUUCCUCCAAAAGCCCCAGUGACAACCUUGAUGUUGGUGUAGUGAACCGGAGCCAGUCGUUUGCAACCACUCGCCCUCGUAGGAGAACGCGCCCUCCCACUCCACCCAAGCGCUCUUGCUCCUCCAUCUCCACUGGAAACCUGGCAGAUGAGGCAGCCCUUUCCAAUGAAAGUGGGGGCGGUCAAGGCGAGCACAGCGACUCCUUCCUCAGUGUGACGUACAGGGAACGGCGCCGAAGUGACUGUGGAAUUGCCUCUGAAUCCACUUCCUCUGGAGGCAGUGUCAGAGACAUUGCUGCCAUGCUCGAAAUGUCCAAAUUAGGAGGUGGAGGCAAAGGAACUGGCAACAAUUACUUGCAGGCAAGUCCAGAUCUCCUGCGGCGUAACCGUGAUGCCCUCAGCUCAGACGAUGAUAUGCAGAGUCGGCGCCGUACCAUCAGUGGGCCUGUCACUGGCUACACCGACAGUCAUCCCAACAACACUCGAGAAGGCACUACUUCGAAUACUUACACCACACAGGCUGCUCUGGAGGCGACACGAAUUAUGGAGGAGGCUGCACCUCAACAACAGGUGCCCUUGAGGCAGGCCCCCGAGCCCCGUCCUCGUUCCAUGCUCAGUCACCUGGAAGGAGGUGUUCCCUCCCUCCCACAGGAAGAGUGGUCACGAAUGGAUGCUACCGCAACCUUGAGAAGGCCUCGGCCACCCCACGACUCAGAUAGCGAGAGGUUCCAACUUACAGAGACCAGCACCAUCCGGCGCAGACCGAAGGCACUAGCAACUCCACAGAAGGACAUAGAGAAUGGUCCAGAAAGCUCCCGGAGGAGGCCUGUGUCGGAAGCUUGUGCUGGGGAUGUUAGUGGCAGCGACAGGGAACUGAGACCAGAUGAUUUCAGAAGAGUGUUGAGGCCUCCAGUUUCCCCCAAACCUUCACUCGCCCUCAGGAAGAUGGAUCCUCCAACCCCUACCAGAAGGGUCCCCCUGCCUGGGCCUGAAGGUCAACAUAGCCCAGUGGAUGGCAAAAAAGUCCCACCACCAGUGUCUCCAAAACCAAGCCCACCUCCAACACUCCCCAAACCUAUGAAGAUAAAGCCAGUGCAGACCCCAGGAUCUUCUGCAGCACCUCAUCCCCAAAUAGUCACCACACCCAGUGGCCUAAACACACACAUGCCCUCCCCUACUGCUGUUCACCCUGAGCAAGUCGAGUAUCCUACUCUUAGCCCAGUGAUACCAAAGCCGCCAGAGGCUCACACCCUCUCGCCGCGAGCUGCCACUUCUCCUGCUCAGAGCCCACAGACACCUCAAACUCCUCAAACCCCACAAACCCCUUCUACUCCAGGGUCCGGUUCAGCGCCAGUCAAGCCCCCAAGGUCCUCCAUGGCAGGCCUUUCAGUGGAUAUCCCUGGCCCUCUGGAAGUGGAACUGGCUGGAGUGGAGGCUGUCCAGCACCGACUGCGGGAUGUGGAGAGACAGCGAGACGAGGACGAUCGAAGGAGAGAAAAAAUAGAAGACAGAAUGGAUGGUGGUUGUCAAAGCCAGACAAAGAGAGCUUCUGUAGAGGGACAGGGCGAACAUGGUGAUGUUGACCUCAUUAGGAGUGCCGAAGGGUCAGGGCAGGUUGUGAUGAGGAGGAGGAAAGUGGGCAUGGCGAGGCAGCCACAGGUCGAGGGUGAACUUGAAGGUGUAAGGCAAGACAUAAAAGCAGAGGCGCUUCAGCAGAUGGCAUUGGAAGCUGAAGCAAGAGGCAUGUUUGGGGACCAGGCAGCAGGGGACAUGACCCAUCUCCGGCUGGAGGAAACCAGUGCCUCACUAGCUGCUGCUCUGGAAGUGGUAGAGGAGAAGAUCAAGAAGGAAGACAAUUCUGUGGUGGAGAAUAAAGCUACAGUCAACAUUCUGGAUGACAUCGGAAGCAUGUUUGAUGACCUAGCUGACCAGCUGGAUGCCAUGUUGGAUUAAAUAUAGGCAAAAACAAAGAAGCACAAGGUGCAUCACAGACAGAUUGACCAAGCCAAGACUUCCUUUGGUCUGUAGAUGAGCACCAAACCUGCUUAAGCUAAAGCACAUCCCGGUGAAUAAGCAAACCUGAGUUGAACAAGGAUUCAUCCCGGUACCUUCAAGAAAAAUUGGUGUGGAGCUGCUGGAGUGCUGAGUCCUUGAAUCAUAAGAGUCGAAAACUCUAAAGAGCUGGAGUGACGAUGGGGAGUGUUCCUCCUGCCCUUCUCGCCCUUGUUUGUCCGAGGUUUGGAGCCAUGGUCUUAGCUCAAGCUAGGGGCUACUGAGUUCUAUCAUGCUGCUUCCAGAGAUAAGCACAAUUUAACGCUACUUCGAGCUAUUUAAAUUCCAUUUAGGGUUCAAGAAACACAAGCAACGUAUCAGAGUGUGCGCGUUCGUAUGUAUGUAUGUAUGUACGUAUGUAUUGUUUGUACGUGUGGCCUUGAUGUUUCCUUUAACGAUGUUAUGGUCUGACGGCUCUAUCGGCCGACUGUGUAUUUGUUUUUAAGAGAUUAAUGGAAUCCUAAACAUUUAUUGUGCUUUUGGGUGGAACUGGCUACAAGUACGGCUGUGACGGCUGUAACUGAUUUCAAAGGGGAACUCUAAAACUAACACAGAAUUUUCAACUCUACCCUAUCUCUUGUGUCCUGUUCAACUUGGGAUGCCCCUAAGGUUGACAGCUCUGUGGUGGUGUUAACUACAACUUUACAGUAAGUUUAAAGUAAACUAUAAAAAGCAAAAACCCAAGGACUGGUUUAGAAAUGACCUCAAAAUGUUUCUACCAGGUUUUCCUGUUCAGUAUUGCGUUAUUCCGAGUUCCCCUUUGUUCACAAUUUAAAGCAAAAGAAGCUCUGGACAUUUGAGAUAUAUUGUGCUAUCUACAUUGUCGUUGUUGUUCAUGUGUGUGAAUGUGUGACCGUGUUUUAAUUGUGUAGUUUUUCGCAUUGACAAAUCCCACUUUUCAAGCGGAUAGAGUGGUGUAAUACAUAGAUAUAGGAUGAAUGCGAAUAAAAUGCAGAAUGACAGUGUAAAUACGACAUAUAGAUUCCAGCUAUCAUUCAUAGAGUAGAAUUUGGAAUGCGUUAACCUGGAAUGCAACAGGUGCCCUCCCAAUCCCGAUCAAUGUGAUCAGAGAAUAAACAUUGGUGUAUUUGUGUGAGAGAGUGACAGAGUUUACCUUGUCACUUACUCACUAAGUAAGUGGGUGAGUGAAUGAAUGAGUGUGUGUUUGAGUGUGUGUGUGUGUGUGGUUGUUUGUGUGUUUUGCAUAUGCGUUGGCCCCUAAGAGAGAGUGCUUGCAUUCCUGUUCUGUAACUGCACAGAGAAUAAAUCAGUUUUUAUUGACGGGUGACCAAAAGGCACAGUCGACGUAAGUGACUAAAAAUAAAGGCGUAAUUUAAUGUGAAGUCGUUGCGAGAUGCUUAAGAUUACAGAGCAAUAUUUUCUAUCAACUCUCUGUGUUGGUAAUUUAGUUUUAUAAAUAACGCGACCAAGCCAGUCGUCUUGGGUAUAGCAGAUCCAGCCAAACGUAAUGUCAUCUCCAACAGUCAUGACAAUCCUCUACCAUGUGCUUGAUUAUCUGCACUCGUAACCCUGCACAAAGUCAACGAGAUGGACAUUUAGAGUACCGAAUCCUUUUAUCAUGUAAAAUAUGUGUAAUAUUCCAGUUGUUAUUUUGUGUAAACGCUCAACUGGCUACUGUGUUUGACCCUGGUGAUCCUCCUCGCAGACCUCUUCCAUGUAAAGAACAUUGAGAGUAUGUGGAAUUAUGAUAAAUAAACUUUAUGAAUUAUGAAUACAAACCCA